UUUCUAUUCUUUCCUUCAAUUCUCUACAUCCAACACAUAAUUAAUAUCCUCGUACAUAUAAAUUAAUUACCAAUGCCUACUUCCACUUCCACACCCCUACUUCACUACCUCCUCCUCACCACCCUACUCUCCAUAUCAACCCUACCCGGACCUGAAGCCCGAACCCAAACCCGAAACCCGAUCCGAACCGAAGUCUUCCGAUCGCCGCAAAUCGACGUCGAACCGGGACAAGUCUCCAACAAAUUCUACGUAAACAUAGACUUUCCCAAUGGCCAUAUCGCCAUCAAGAGCUUCGACGCCGAGCUCGUUGACGGCGACGGGCGAUCGGUGCCGCUAUACGAGGCGUAUCUCCACCAUUGGAUCGUCCUAAGGUACCAUCAAGAGGUCAAGAACCAAUCCAACAUCGACAUUGUCGACAUCAGCGGCGUGUGCGACGGCGGGCUGUCGCAGUACUUCGGGCUGGGCUCGGAGACCCGUCGCACGCCGACCGACGUCCCCGACCCGUACGGCAUCGAGGUCGGGAACCCCGACGACGUCCCGGCCGGGUUCCGGGAGGGUUGGCUGCUCAACGUGCAUGCCAUCGACACGCGCGGCGCACGUGACAAGGUGGGGUGCCUCGAGUGUGCAUGUGACUUGUACGGCAAUAUUAGCGACGCGGCGGCGGUGCCGGGGAAUUAUAGCGGCGGGCUGUUGUGCUGCGUGGACGGGGCGAGGUGUCGGGUUAAGGAAGGGGUUCCGUACGGUAAGAGAAGUGUUUAUUUGAAGUAUACGGUGAAGUAUUUGGAGUGGGACGAUGAGUGGAUUAAGCCUGUGAGGAUAUAUAUACUUGAUGUUACGGAUUUGUGGACUAAGGGAGAUGAGGAUAAAGGGAUCAAAGACAAGCACGAUUGCCAGAUCGAGUAUGAUGUUUUGGCUUGUCCUAAAGAUAUGGAGGAUCGCAAUAAAUGCAUGGAUAGUCGAUCAUUUAAGUUUGCCUUUCCAAAAGGCGGCGAUGUAAUCUACGGGGUUGGACACCAGCACAUCGGCGGCACUUCCAUAGCCCUUUACGGCGAGGGUGGAAGAGAAAUAUGCAUAUCACAUCCGAUAUACGGUACUGGCGAUGAAGCCGGAAACGAAAGGGGAUACGUGGUUGGGAUGUCGACGUGCUACCCUACGCCGGGGUCAUUGAAGAUCGGCAGCGGGGAGAUGGUGACAUUGGUGUCCAAUUACAGCAGCGCGGUGAGACAUACGGGAGUCAUGAGCCUCUUCUAUCUCUUGAUUGCUGAUAAUUAAUUAGUACAGAGGCAAAGCAUCCUAUUAUAUAUAUUAACAUUAAUAUCCUGAAUUAAGACGAUUUUUCUGUAUGUAUGUAUGUUUGCAUAUAAGCAGACAUUCGAACA